AUGACUGAAGAGGAAAAUGAAUCUCAUCAAUUGUCUGAUAACAGUGAAACAACAGCAUUAACACAGGAAAAUUCUAUUGAAACUAAAGUAGCGUCUUCAUCUAUCAUUAAAGGCGUAUGUGAUGAUAAUUUACUAUAUGGAAAAUGUGAAAAUAUCGAUUGUGAUCAAUUACAUCUUACAGAACCUAUUCAACUCAUUGAUGGUCAUUUUCAUGAUCGAUUACUUAAUGACAAUUGGUCAUGUACUAUCGAAUUAUUGGAAAAUAUCGAACAGUUCAUUGGUAUUACAAAUGUUCAUAAAUCUUCAAUAUGGGAUACUACAUAUUCUAUUAUACCCGAAUCUCUUAAAUCUAAAAUUCGACUUUAUGAAGCAUAUGGUAUUCAUCCACGUUAUUUAGGUAAUAAUCCUCAUAAUGAUUUACUUCGUCUUCGUGAUUUAGUACAAACACGUCCAAUGGUUGGUAUAGGUGAAUGUGGUCUUGAUUUACUUAAUAAUGAACAAUUACCAUUACAAAUUGAAAUAUUUAUAUCACAAAUCAGAUUAGCAAAUGAAUUUCAUUUACCACUUAUUAUUCAUUGUCGUCAAUUAGAUCAGCAAUUAUUUGAUAUUUUAAAAGCAACAGCAAUAGAUUCAUCAAUGAAAAUUCAAUGGCAUUGUUGUCAUUCGAAAGGUACAUCAAUUUAUCGUGAAUUUUUAAAUUAUUUUCCAUCGAGUUUAUUAAGUAUUGGUGGAAUGUGUUGUCAUUCAGGUGAAAAACAUUUACAAACAUUACUUAAAGAAUUAUAUGAAACAGAAAAUCAACGAAGAUUUGUAUUUGAAACAGAUUCACCCUAUUUAAAAUCAUCAUCAUUAUUAAUUCAUACACAAAAUAAUUGUCCAAUAUUAGGUAUAUUAGCAGUUAGUGCUUAUGUAACAAAAGAUAUUCUAGGAAACGAUCAAUGGACAAAUAAUCUGAAAAUAAAUACAAAUAUUCUUCAACAAUUUUUUAAUCUAAGAUAA